AUGACAACUGCACCACCGGUGCAUCACCCUGUCCCCGACAGUGGUAUACCCGGCCAUCUUGUUAAUCAUAUUCCUCGUUAUCACCCCAUUGCCAUGAAUCCCAAUCCGCCUCACCAAAUGCCACCCCCAGAGCAGAUGGUGCAAAGCCACCAUUUCCGUCACUUUGCACCGCCUAUGCAUGAGCAUCACCCCCCACCUGGAGUACCGUCUGUACACAAUGCGGCUGCCGCUACUCUGGAACAUAUUGAAGCCCGUCUCCGGCAUCUAGAGCAUGAGGAAAUGUCCCGGAAUGCUACUCGCAGUCGGAUCCUGGCAAUGCGCAAACAUGAAGAUGAGGAGUUUCGGUCAAUGACAGAGCGGGCUGAGGCAGAGGAAGAGGCAACGCAAGAAGUUAAAGAGAGAAUCCAUGGGGUUAGGGCUGAAUGCUGCGGCCGACUCGCCGCCUCUGCGGCCUACACCACCUCGUCGUUUAUCAGAGACCAGUGCAGCGACAACAUUGGCUUUCUUCAAACAGCAAAGCCCCCCGAGCCUCGCCAAGCUCCCCUUCCACCUUCAUCUCAGGCACCGCCGCCCUCCAUGCCACCACCACCGCAUAUGCUCGCUCAACCUCAUCAUCAAGCUCCCCCUCCCCCGCCAUCUCAGCACCAGCACCAAAUGCUCCCCCAUGAGUCAUUACACAGUGCAGGUUCCAUCCGCCGCAAGCAAAAAUACACCAUCAAAAAUGUAGAGGCAUGGGGCGAGCGCCACGGCCGGCCAGCAGCUCAUGACCCGUCAGGACGGGCGUUGUGGAAGCGACCCUCCGACGCAAGUUUAGUAUAUCUGACUUGUCCCAUCCACGGCUGCGGGAAAUCCGACUUUGUCACCCUCCACGGCUUCAUGUGCCACCUCACCAAGAAACACAAAGACCGCACUCUGGGCAGCCAGUCCCGCGCCCUCGAAGUCUGCGGUGUAGUCUACGACCCAAAUGCCCCCCUCCCACCAGUCAUGAACAACCACCGCGCCUCAACAGAAGGAAGCCCCCCGGACUCGAUCCCCCUGGACAAUGAAGACCCAAAUGACGAGGACAUGGACUCCGACUCCGAAGGCGAGGUCGAGCGCGAAAAUGCCUAUCGAGUCAAAACCGAGACCUUAGAUCGGUUCAUGCCCGAUGCCGAGAGCACACCCUCUGAGACCGCCAUGGCAACACCCCCCAAGCCCACCAAUAAAUCAACCAAGCAAUCUAUCUCCUCCAUCAUCGACCGCACGCCAGAAACCGAACCCAGAGAGGCGCUGGCACCCCUACCACCCUCCGAACCUGCUUCCCAGGGACCGUCGCCCACACCCACAGAGUCGUCAGUGCCAUCAAAACGCAAGUACGAGUUCUCGCCAGCAGCAGCGGAAAAAGAAAACGCACAGCCUUGA